AUGCCUCUGCUGUCAAACCGGCCGAAACCUAAACCGUUACCCAGGCCCAAGCCUAGACCUCCACCAGUCCAGCAGACAAUCCAACAAGAAGUCUACGAUGGACAAGAUGUACCCAAGGACCCGGUAAAGGAGAAAGAAAACCGCGCUCAAGCAGUUGCGAAAACGUUCGAGGCCCUUAAAAACCACCAUCGUGCGUACAGUGUGGAAGUUCUGUCCCAUCACGGUGGUGACAAAGACCCCAAACAUCCCCCGGACACCCUCACCAUCAAAACCGGUGAUGACGGAAAAGAGGAGCUCCAUGUUGGCCAACACGUCGUGCACAACUGGAACUGGGACGAGCCUACUGGGACACUGACGUUCAAGAAGGGAGAUCUCGGUGGGCACAUCGAAUUCCCGCACGAGGAGAGCGUUCAGGGCUUCGGGACGAUCAGAAGUGCCCUGACAUCAUUCUCCGUCAAGACGACGUUGAAACCCGUCACCUACGAGUGUGCGUUUUCCAGCGACGCCGGGGCAUACGUCAAACAGGAAGGAACUGCACUAAAGCUGGUCUGGGAUGCUUCAGGCGACACGUGGGGGAAGGCGACCUGGGAAGACAACGUUCUGAGCUUCUCGUACGGCAUCGAGGAGCAGUUCUUCAUCGGACAGAAGACGUACAAGGUCGUCGUCAACUUUGAAGAUCUGCAAACGAACGUGACCUACAGCCCUGCAGAAGGUGACUUCUCCUUCAUCCUAAACCCUUCGUUCCAGGCCGUGUUCCAGCACGAGAACAGCACGGUCCCCGUCCCUGACGAUCCCCGUACCGACGGCAAGCACGUCUUCCCGUAUCUACUGGAGUUCACCUUCAACGCGGUGGCAUCCAGCUUCGACGGGGCCGUUCUGACAAAGGCGCUGGAUGCAGCCACCGGUGAGGUGUACGGAGUCAAGGCAACGGUCCAGCAAACUGUGAGUGGGAUGUUCUUGAUGGCAGCUCCAAGCAAAGAGAGCUCUUUGGUCGAAGUGAGUCACGGAAGGCUGAUGGUCGGUAACGAGGCCGUGCCGAGUAGCAAGCAGGUGGGAGACAAAAUCACCUGGGAUUCCAUGCCUGCGCACUUGGCAGAAGCGAGCAAUCUUCCCGCAGCAGGCACCCUUCACUUCCCUGCCAACACGUCUGCGGUAAAACUCAGCGACACCGGUGUCACAGGCUCGGCACUCAGCGCAUUCCACCCCGCAUCGUUCGUGGCCAUGGCAACAAGCACGCCACUCAACGGCGAAGAUCUCUUGAACAUGUCUCAGUUCAGACAAGAUGGGAAUGGCAACUACUACGACUACAUACAACAGGAGUCGAUGCAGGACUUCUACACGAUUAUACAGUACUACAUGGACUCAGACCUCCGGGAGAAGUACAUGGGCCUGAGCAACCCUCCGAGUCUGGACCCUUCUGUCAAACAGAUAGCGGACACCAACGGUAGCCCCACGGCCGACCAGAAAGCAAAUGGCGACGACGGUGUCGCAAGUACCUGGUACAAGACUCUCAGCGUGGCCUACCUUACCCAGGCGCUUCCUUCCAUAUUUUCCAGCGAUGAAUACGCCGGGAAGCUGAACACAAUCCGCGCAAAGCAGUGGCUUAAGACAGAGACAUCAACGGCGAGUGUCUACACCACCCAAGCGUCUGACCUCUACAAGAACCGUUGGAUAACUAACAUACCGAUGACGGGGCAAUACCUGGUCGAUCAAAUUCAAAACAAAACCACAUACGCCGCCUACAUUGACCAGGACAAAAGCACCUGGGAGGAUGAGAUCAGAAGUACCGUCGAAGAUACAGAAAACCAAACAGCGAUGCUGACCAUCAUAGAAAAGCUGACUACGUUGGGGAAACAAGGAAAGUAUUGGGCAUAUUGGCUUUUCCGUGACCUAACCCAGACAUCUGCUCUGCAGAUGCUACAGAUGCUGUCCAUGGGAGGGGCUGCCUCCUUGGAUGGAUCUGCAUUUUCCAGACGAAUCCAGCAAAACUGUGCCAUGCUCGGCAUCCUUGACAGCAGUGCAGAGUUUCAGCAACAGUACGUCAAGGUCAUACAGAUCUUCCAGCUCACCAACGUCCUGCCACAGCUGUUAGACUUCAGCGGCGACAUGACACACUACACAUACGCCGUCAUGGAGAUUCUUAGCGCCUUCCAGGAGACGUACAUCGACAGUACCGACCCACAGAUGCGCGAUGCAGCCACUGAAAUCCAGGAAAACAUGAACCAGCACGCCGUUGAAGAUCUACUCUCGGUAUUGCAGGUGUCAGCAUCGCAGAUGGCGGCGGACUACAGUUUGCUGAAAGUAUUGAAAGAAGCGGACAGUAAGUUUAAGACAAUCACGCUACAGGCACUUGGGAAAUUGGUAACAGGUGCCGCACUUUCAGCAGGGAUCAUGAUGUUCUACUACGGAGUACUAGACUGGAGUGCACUGAGUACGUCAGACAAGGUACAGGUCGUCAGUAAUGGAGCGGUACUGUUCACAGAGGUAGCCGGUGGUAUGUUGAAACGAGGAGCGGCCAUAUAUGAACUAUGGGGCACCGAGUCCAUGGGCUUCAAAAACGUCGGGAAGAUUCUCGCGACAGGUGACUGCCAGGAGUCCAUCACCCGAGCUUCCAACGGUUUCUCCAAGUGGCUGCUACAGAGGAAAGGGAAGGUGGAAGUCGGUGUGGACGCAGCAGCUGCAGCUGAAGAGGCUAUCGUAGCAGGUGAAGAAGACAUGACGCUAAUGCAGAAUUUGUUCGGGCGGAACCUCGAGGAGUUUAUGGCCACCCGGUUCGGGGCAGCGGUUGCUACUCUCGGGCUGGUCUUCGGCGCCAUAGCUCUCAGCAAGUCGCAAUCGAAGCUGGAGGAGGUUGGAAAUGCCCUGGGCGUCACCGCAUCAGCACUCCAGCUUUGCGCAACGAUGGGAGCCUGGCUUCUCCCUGAAACGGUGCUAGGAGUUGAGGCCGCAACCAUCUGCUCGUGCCUGGGAGCACUUGCAAUUGUAGCAGCAAUCGCAGGAGUCAUAAUACUCGUCAUAGCAAUGAACAAACACCAUCCGACACCCAUUGAGGAUUUUGCGAAAAACCAGGCAGCCGCGGCUGGCCUGUACAUGGAACACGGGGCAGACAUCGACAGCUUCCAGAGUUACCAGCCAACCGGUCAGUUGGAGAAGGAGGGAGUCAGUCUCCGUAUGGGAGGAUCCUCAAGUCAGAAUCUACAGUUCAAACUGGACGGUACUCUAAGUCUUUCAGAGAAAACACAUGGCCCUGACACCGUCUUCUAUCUCGUAACCGACGCCUACGGUCGUGCAAAGUUCAUUGCCAACUUGCCCAGCGAAGAUAACACGCAGAUAGAAUCCAAGGUUCUGACAAUCGACAGUAACGGCGUGCUAUCAGGGUCAAGUUUGCUGACUGGAAGCUCAGCCGACCAGCAACUUUGGGUCGCCGAAUGCCAAGGGUCGGUGAGUCGUGACAGUGACGACCAUCUACAGUCCGCCUCCUUCAAGUUCUACAGCUACUACUGGUACAAGAACCACAGUAAGAAGUAUUACUUGGGAGGAUCAAACAACGUCCCCUCGACAUCGGAGACAAACCAAGAAGACUGGACAGUCACCAUGGCUUCGACCAAGCCAGUCGCGCUCACUAUGGACGACAUCACCCUGUUCACCUACCAGAUGGACCAGACCUACCUACCGACUCUCCUGAACCCAGGGAGUGACCCCAAGACGUGGUCCAUCAGCCCUGACCUACCAGCCUUUAUGGAGCUCGACACGUCGACCGGUGCGGUGUCGCAGAAGUCUGGAGAAGCGGCUACCGUCACAGCCAAGGAAACCUACACACUGAGCGUGGAGAACAGCCUCGGGUUUUCCUCCACUACAUUCACUUUCGAAGUGCAAGUCUUUAACUUCUAGACAUUUCGACUAAGACACACAAUGUUUUCUCUUUUCACAAAGGACACCAAAAAAAUCACUUAGUGUCAUUUUCAGAAUUAUAAUAUCAUAGGACCUAUACCAUUUCUAUUAAAAUACACAUCACAGGAUUUUCUACUUAAAAUUGGUCUAAGGGUACAUAAAAUUAGGGGCAUUAGUUCCAUGCGUUUUGGUGACGUAUAGUUUUCUGUAUUACUAGUAACAAGUUGAAUAUAUAGUGGGAAGUUAAGACUUGAAUAUAAGUCACUAGGUACUAAUAGAAUUCAUUUCAAACGCAAGGCAAAAAUGCAUGUAAUGUGUUGGUUGCAGUUUAUUUCUUGAGCCGA